AUGCACUUGGCCCAAGUUUCGCGAGAUAUCAAAGCCGCGACUGCUAGCCCACCUGUAACAACGCCAUCACAAGAGCAAAUGCUCAAAAAGAUGUUUGCAACAACCUCAACUACGAUGAAGUUGCCUUCUCUUCCUCCAUUUAAAGCAUUCUGGUUUUUGAUCGGUACUGCCAUGAUCACUACUUGCCUCACUGUUCUUGUAUUAACCUUGUCGUCGGCAAACAAAUUUAAAUCCUUUUCAUUGAGGGGUCUCCGUUCUCGAUACAUCCAAGAAGAAUUGCACUCCCGAGUCUCCUCAUUACCAUCCUCAGUUGUGUUUGAAGAACGCGAUUUUGAAAAAGUGUCAGCUUCCGAAUUAUGGAGCAGCUCACUCAUGCAACAAUUAACUCAAAACAAAGCCAUCUCGCAUACCAAGCUUAGCAAAUACUCUCCAACAUUGAAACCUCUCCUCGGACAUCACCGAUGCAAUCGAUACGGAAACUUGGAAGAACCUCGGAUCCUCAUUCCCGAUGGUUUCCCAAAUGUUUACAGCACCGAUACCUACAUGGCUUCCUGUAAAAUUGAAAAUCUCUGCAUGACCACGAGUGGUGAAUUUGUUCUCUUUGAACCCUCUCAACGCGUCUCUGGAGAUCGUAUUGUUGAAACCAUGAACACUCGACCCUGGGUCUACACGCAAGGCUCAACCGUUCAUUCCGAUCGUGGUAAUUUUUUUGGCGCUCUCGUCGAUGGUGAUUUGGUGCUGCAAAUGAAUAAGCAUGAUGAGUCCCGAGUGGAGAAUGUGUUCGUGAAAAAAACAAGACAAGUUCCAUGUCGUAGUUUGUUGGUGAAUCGAACUUUGAGCUAUGGUACCCCUGCGGUUGAGAGUAGUAGUGGAAAACCAGGUGAGACUGAGAGUAGGGUCUAUAACGGAAAGGAACGAGCUCAGAAAAGUCUUACUGAACAAGCUCGAGAAAAUGAAGCGAUUGAGGAAUUAAAAUCCCGUGUGGCCUCAAAUCCCGAUGCACUUUGUAAUGAGAAUUUUUAUGCUCCAGUCGCCCUCUCAAAGGAUUUUCAAAUUUAUGAAAAGCCAGUGUAUGCAUUGAAACGUUAUGCUGCUGGAAAUGCUGGACAUUUUCUCUCGCAAUCGUUGGGUAUGAUUAUGGGCUUGAUGAUGAAUUUUCAAACGCCAGAUGCUUCCCAAUCUAGUUCUCAAUUACAAGACAAUCAUAUUUUGUAUUUGGAUGAUUUGGAAAGUAAGGAAGGAUUUGAUUGGAUGGGUCUAUUUGGAUAUGAUCUCGAGUUGGGAAAUAAGUUUUCAUUAACAGGUGGAGAGUUGUUGAGUCAAAAUCCAGUUCUGCAGAGAUGUUUUGUGGGUGGACAAUGGAGAAUUAUGCCAGCACCAUGUCGAAAUGAUUCCUCUGCAGCUUCAGUUGUUGGUUCAAAACGAAUGGAGUUGCAAACUUGUUUCACCAAUUUUUAUGCUGGUCACACCACCAAUAAUUUAGUGAUCUACCCAUACGGAAAGGAAUAUACUUAUAUGAAAAUUCGAGAACUGACCUACCAAAACUUACAAAUACUUCCAUUCGAUGGAGAGUUUUCCAAAGCUCAGCAAAAACAAAGACUUCGUGCUUACACCAUGAAGAAAGAUCUUCUCAUUGCUAUUAAUCGAAAAGAAAUGUCAGACCGCUUCCUUCAAGCCAUUUUCAACGUGGACCAAUUGGCUGACUAUUUACGAAAACACUUACCUCAGGAUCCAUUCGUUCAGCAACUGCUUCGUAAUAAGGACGGCUCAACACGAAAACUCAUCAUUGAAGAUAUUGAUUUGUACAAAUUCCCAGGCAUUCCAUCACAAGUGAAAUAUUUCUCAGACGUGGACGUUUACAUUUCAGAUCCAGGUAGUGCAGCUUAUUAUGCAAUGUUUAUGCGAGAUGAGACCACUGUUAUUUUACCCCCAACUUGCGAGAACCCAUCGAAAUGCAAAACAUCUCAUGGGGUGCAUGUGUUGCAAGCUCUUCCCAAUGUUCAAAUUGCUGAUUUGUUGGAAUUGAACAACGGUGUGCCUCCUCCAUGCAUUCCAAGACCUGGUGUAUUGAGCCAGAUUAACUGCGACGUGGUGUUCCCCCCUGACUUGUGUUGA